CUCUUCUCUCCCUUCUCUCUUCAUCUGGUACACUGAAAGAGACAAGAGAUACCCGGCAAGGCAGGAUGGUCUACAGCCAGAGCCAAAGGAAAACCCUCCUGGCAUGUUUUGAACAUGACCCUAACCCUGAUAAAGCUACCAGGGAACAACUGGCCAAAGAAAUUGGCAUUCCAGGAUAUAAAAUUCAGAUUUGGUUUAAAAACCAAAGAUUCAGACGGAAAAAAUUGGAAACUGGAUGCUCCUUAGGAAAAGAUCCAAUCCAGGGACAUGAUCAGUCUCAGUUACCGACUAAAGAAUACGUAACAAAAGAAGCCAGGCAAGACCAGAUAACCCUUACAACAACACAAGGUACCCUAGUUCAAGCCUUUGAGAGGAACCAUGUCCCUGGUGCUGCUACCAGGAAAAAACUGGCUAAACCAACAGGCAUUCAGGAACUGAGCAUUCAGAUGUGGUUUCAGAACCAAAGAUCUCUGUACCCUGAGUGGAGCAGAGGGGAGCCCAUAAAUUUCUUGGUAGGUGACACAAGUGGGCGACCAGAGCUGACUAAUCAACUGCAGGAAACGGACCUGUUCAUACGCCCAGAUGGGAGUUAUCAUUUGCCUUCUUCUGAUUCCUUCUGCAACAACCAAACGAUUUCACCUGCUCCUCUUCUAUCCUCUGGGAUCAUGCAGCCCACCCAGGCUGUGCAGGGAGGAGAGGACUCUGAACCGCCCCUGACGUUUACGAAUCACCUGCCAGAACUACCGACUCCAGGAGAGGACCUCUCAGAUACUCAGGUUCCUUUCUGGACCCAAUUCCAAGAAGAAUGCCAAAAUCACAAAGAACAAACUGGCAUAGGAGUUUUGAAGGAUCCUUCUCAGCCUCAUCCUGAGCACAAGGAACCACAGGAUCUAGGUCACAUUGACAUAUCUUUCAUCAUGCAGUGGUGGGAUGAGGGCCGCCAAGCUCUGAUUGAGGAAUGGCAACCUCUUGAAGAGAUACAGUGA